GCACUCCGAUUUCACCAACGAGAGAAACUGACGGCUUGUGUGUUUCCUUUAGAAAAGUCUUAUUUACUUCUGAUAUAUACGAAAAAUACGGCGUUAUCUUCGCGCGGCCGAUUGACACAGGGAAGUGAUGAAUUGUUUGUUAUCGAUACGCGAGAUCGAGAUAGAUUGCAACGUGAAUCUAUCUAAUUAGUCGCUUAAGUGUCUUGGUCGAUUUGUCAACGAUGGGCAACGGAAACUCAAAAGAUAAUCAACAAAAUGGCAAUCAAAACGGCAGAACGAUCCAAAGCAGUAGUCGUCCCGACUGCAGGAACAAAAUGUCAAGCGUGGAGCGCGAUCAGCUGGGCCAACGAGGAAGCGGCGACUCACGAUGCGCCGGUCUUCUGCGCGGCCUCGACCACAUCAGGGACCCGCAGUUAAACAAGGGUAUGGCAUUCACUAUCGAGGAAAGACAGGUGCUUGGUAUACACGGUCUUCUACCAGUGGCUGUGAAAACACAAGAUGAGCAAGUAGAGCUCUGCCGUCUCAAUCUGGAACGCUAUACAGAUGAUCUUUCGAAAUACAUAUAUCUCAUAGGUCUACUGGACAGAAACGAGAAACUCUUCUACCGUUUGGUGUCAGAGAAUGUAAGUAAAAUGAUGCCGCUGAUAUAUACGCCAACUGUAGGUCUGGCGUGUCAGAAGUUCGGUCUGGUCUAUCGCAGGCCUCGCGGCCUCUUCGUGAGUAUCCACGAUCGAGGGCACGUCUACGAUAUCUUGAAGAACUGGCCCGAGCAUGAUGUACGGGCGAUCGUUGUCACAGAUGGUGAAAGGAUACUGGGAUUGGGUGACCUGGGCGCGUAUGGUAUGGGUAUCCCGAUCGGGAAACUGACAUUAUACACCGCGUUGGCCGGCAUCAAACCUCACCAGUGCCUACCUAUCACUCUGGAUGUCGGUACCAAUACUCAGUUGUUACUGGACGAUCCCUUGUAUAUUGGUCACAGACAUAAGCGUGUCACUGGACAGGACUACGAUGACCUUCUGGAAGAAUUCAUGAAAGCUGUCGUAAAGCGGUACGGCCCGAAUACAUUGAUCCAAUUCGAGGACUUUGGCAACGUUAACGCAUUCAAGCUACUCCGAAAGUAUCGCGAUGAAUAUUGUACCUUUAACGAUGAUAUUCAGGGCACUGCCGCCGUCGCUCUCGCCGGAUUAUUUGCAUCGCUUCGCAUUACACGAAAGAAACUCUCGGAGAACACGAUCGUGUUUCAGGGCGCCGGAGAGGCUUCGUUAGGUAUCGCAGCGUUGUGCGUGAUGGCGAUGAAGAAAGAAGGAAUGACCGAGGAGGAAGCUAAGAAUAAAAUCUGGAUAGUGGACUCAAAAGGAUUAUUGGUGAAAGAUCGUCCUAAGGGCGGACUGACAGAGCAUAAAAUGCAAUUUGUUCGCAACGACGACCCAAUUGACUCUUUGCUAGACGUUGUCAAGAAAGCCAAACCAUCGGUUAUCAUCGGCGCGGCCGCUGUCCGAGGUGCCUUCACAACCGAGAUAUUGAAGGAGAUGGCGCGAAAUAAUGAAAACCCUGUCAUCUUCGCUCUGAGCAAUCCUACGAGCAAGGCGGAAUGCACAGCUGAAGAAGCAUACACUGCUACGGAGGGAAGAUGCAUAUUUGCAAGUGGCUCGCCUUUUCCGCCGGUGACGUACAAUAAUAAGACUUUCUAUCCUGGUCAGGGUAAUAACAGUUACAUCUUUCCUGGAGUUGCAUUAGCCGUGAUUUGCGCCGGUAUACGCACCAUUCCCGAAGAUGUCUUCCUCAUUGCUGCGUCGGCUCUCGCCGACUUGGUAACUCAAAACGACUUGGACAUUGGAAAUCUUUAUCCGCCGUUACAGGACAUACAGAAAUGUUCGAUGUUUAUAGCGUGCGCGCUCAUGAAAUAUGCCUACGAGACUUGCAUUGCGACUACCUAUCCACAGCCUAAAGAUUGCGAGAUGUUCCUUAGAGCGCAGUUGUACGAUACGAGCUAUAAGUCGUCUGUACCACCGAUUUACUCAUGGCCUAAGCUAUAAUUAUCUUUAUUAAUUAGAUCAAGAUAUUUCUUGCACACAAUUACUUUGGGUCCAAGAAAGAGAAGACUACAUAAACAUUCAAGAGGAAACAAAUUUUGCUUGUUUCCUUAAAGCCUGUUGAUCGGGCUUAUUUUAUUUCAAGCAUCGCGUACUAAAAGAUUAUAUAACUAAUUUGUAAGAAAAAAAAGAAGAGAAGUUACGCAAUAUCAUGGCAAUAAACUCGGGUUAGAAGCGAAGUAACAUUAUUUAAAGAUAAAUAUAAAAGAGAUGUAAAAUAAUUGAUUUGCUGGUUGAACACAAAUAAAUAUCGACGCUGGUUUGAAAGAA